CAUUUGAAAUCGAGGAAUAAGGUUAUAGUGUUAAAUGUAGUGCAAGUAUAAGUUUGUGAUAUUAUUUCUAAUAUGCCGUUCUUUAUAAAAGAAAAGACUAAAAAGAAAAAAAACAACAAACGUGCCAGAAAUGUGGAGAAUGGACCAAAUAAAAAAAGGAAGUUAGAGCGUGAGAGUGAAGAAGAAAUUACAACCAGUGAAGAUGAGGGGACUGCAUUGAAUGGUGAUUUAUUCAAUUCAAAUUCUGAAGAUGAAGAUGAAUCACCACAAGAUAAAAAACUCAGGUUAGCAAAAAUAUAUCUACAGGAAAUUGAACAAAGGGAAAAAGAAAAAUUAGGUGAAAAUGAAGAAGUCGAUAACAGAUUGAUUUCGAAACGUUUGAAUGAAGAUUACCUCAAGGAAAUUGGAAAAUUCAAAAGUAAUGUAGCAGAGAAUUAUAGUGAAGAUAAAAUAGAAAAAAUCGAUACAUUAAAAUGUAGGCAACAAAAAGAGUCGAUAACUUGUUUAUGUCUGUCUUCCAAAAAUGAUUAUCUCUUCACUGGAAGUAAGGAUGGCACCGUUGUUAAGUGGAAUAUUGAACUCAAAAAAAAAGAAAAGAUGAUUCCUUUUGUGAAACUUGAAUCUGAUAAAAUAUCAGGGCACAGCAAGGCGAUAACUUCAAUUGCUAUAUCUUUUGAUGAUAAAUAUUUGGCUGUAGGGGAUGAAUCAUCAGAAAUUAAAAUUUGGUGUCCUAAAAAUUUAUCUUUUGUGAAGAAAUUCAAUGGACACAAUAAAAAAAUAACUGGUGUUUCUUUCAGAAAAAACUCGCAUACUUUAUAUUCCUGUAGUGCUGAUAGGACCGUUAAAGUGUGGAAUUUAGAUGAAAUGAUGUACAUCGAAACUUUAUUUGGCCAUCAAGAUGUCAUUACCUCAAUCGAUUCAUUAUAUAAAGAAAGAGCUAUUACGUCAGGUAGCAGAGAUGGUACCCUCCGCAUUUGGAAAAUCCCUGAAGAGUCGCAACUGAUUUAUAAUGGACAUGCAGGUUGUAUAGAUAUUGUUAAAUUAAUCAACGAAGAAAACUUUAUUUCUGGAGGUGAAGAUGGAAAAAUUUGUAUAUGGAGUUUAAUGAGGAAAAAGCCUCUAUUCAUAAUACAUGAUGCCCAUGGUAAAGACCCUCUAAACCAAGAACCCAAUUGGAUUAGCAGUAUCGCCACUUUGGUUAAUACAGAUUUAUUUGCAUCAGGUUCGUUUAAUGGAUUUGUUAAAUUAUGGAAGCUGACCUCAAAUUUUAAAAGAGCAGAACUGCUGUUUGAUAUACCUCAAGUAGGUUAUAUAAACAGUAUGGCAUUCACAUCGAAUGGAGACAAGUUAAUAGUUAGUACGAGUCGAGAUCAUAAGUUUGGAAGAUAUACCUUUUUAGAAGGACAAAAAAUUAAGAAUUGUAUAAAAGUGAUUUCUUUUAAUAAGAAAUAAAUGUUAAGUUAUUUUUU